AUGUGGUUCGAAGACGAGCUCGAUGAAAAAGAGUUGUUUGAUGGUAACGACGAACCAUUCAGGUAUACUACUGUUGUUUAUUAGGUACAAGUUUUUCAUUGUUCUCUUUGUCCCCUGAGUUUAUCCUCAGACCUCGUUUGUAAUUUGUUUUAUUAGCAGUGUGAGUGAACAAGAUAUCGCGGGUUGUUAUGAAAAUCUUAGAAAUGUUGUACCUAAAAGUGAAGAAACCACGGACGCGGUGAGUUGAUUAUCUGACGGAAUAAGAGUGUUUUUUAAAAUUAUUAUGUAAAAAACAUACCUUUCCAAUAGUGUACAUGCGCCCUGGGAUGCUUCUACUCCUACCUUAUUACUCUUCAAUUACGUUAGUAUCAAGAAGACAUAACAAAAAUUAAUAAAUAAAUUAAGAAAAAUUAAGUUCUUACAAAAAUUGUCAUGGUUCUGUGAUCUAAUCUCACUGGGAAUAUAAUUCCAGUCUCUUAUAGUUCUCGGAAAAUAACUAUAUAAAUAAUUUGCCCUCGCUUGGAUAAAAGUAGUACUUCAUAAUUCAGUAUUUACUAUAAGUAGUACUUCAUAAAAGUAGUACUGCAAAUCUAGCUUUAUCUAUAAUGUUCACCACAUUGUCUUUAAUAUCAGAUUCUUACUGAAGCUGUGGAAUACAUUAAGAACCUUGAAGAAACACUUGAUGGUAUGAUGUAUAAAACCUUUUAUAAUACAGAAGCCUUGUUCGAGUAUGAAUCUUAGUUGGUGCAUUUUAGUGGUCUUCGCUUUCCUGCAUCGUCGUUUUCUGCAUUGCCAUUGAUUUUUAGAAUUCAUUUUUAUCUUCAGGUUUCAGUCGUGAUGAAAAUGUGGAAGUAACUAACGAAGAGGAAUCAGAUAAAUCGACUGUGUUGAAGAGUAAGUUUUGUUUAGGACUUACAGAAAAUAUAAACUGGCAUUCAAAUUGGAGAGUUACAUUAGAGGCCAUUCAUGAUUAGGAAUUACGCUUCCAUUUCUAAUUGUAGGUUGUGAAGAUGUUUUAGAAAUCUUACCUCAAUUUUCAUGGAACGAAAUAGACGAAGCAUCCUACGGUAAAUCUUGCUCUAAUACGUUUUAAAAACAAAAUCUCAAAGUAAAAUAAUUGCUACAUUUCUACCAGUUUAUAAUUACUCUCCCUAUAAAAGUGCAGUAUACAUAUUUAACCCAUUGAGCGGCAGCACUCUCCACUUGACGAGUAAAAUCGUCUGGCGUUAGACAGAGUAAAAUACUAAAGUAGGGUGCAUUACCACUUAAAGGGUUAAGAUCAUAACUGAAAAAGCAUGUUGCAGUAAUCGAAUUUCGAUCAGACGUGCUCUUGCAAUAAGCGCUGUGUCAUCAACACCCUAACUUCUGGACUUAUACGCAGCGUUUAUAAUUUUCUUACAUGAGCAGAAAUCCAGAAAAUCCUAGACAACCUAAGUGUGCCAGAAGAAGCCAGCAUGGACGGUUGUUGUGGAGAACUGCCUAUAACUGAACUUCAAAACGAAAUCCAAGAAAAACCAACCAAAAGAAAACGAAAGUAUCAAAAGAGUUGUAGAAAACAGAAGAUUUCAAGGAAGCAAAAGAAAUCUUCGGAAGUUAACACCAACCAAUCUCAGUAUGAUGACACGAAGUCCAACGAGGCUCCUCAGUGCUGCCGUGAUGAUAAUUCAAACAGUCAAAGGUAAAUGAUUGGUUAAAUUGAUGUACUGGUAUUUUUCACAACAUAUUGUUUAGAGUUAUGUUUUGCUUUUCAAAUAGGAGUGACUGUGAAUCUGUUUCCGUUCUCGAAGACAACAUAAGAUCAAACUCGUCAAGCAGAAGUAACAGCCAAGGAAGCCGGUGUGUCACACCGAUAUACCCCAAACCAACACCUGGAGUCAUAUUAAGUCCAUCUGUUACAGGGUUUAUCCCUCUACAAACCAUAGGCAAACCUUUGAUCUUACCUAAACCACCCUACCAAGAUGACUGUUUCUCACCAACCUCGCUACGGUCACCGCUGACCUCUCCGCAGCUAGUGCCGACUCUCCGAAUGGUACCCACGGCCUGUCCUGUAACAGUCUCUGAAGCACCACCCAUCCUUCCACAAUUCUUCCAAGACAUAACCAAAAGUACCAGGUCACAAUGGUUAGGUUCAAUAAUCAAGGUGCCUGCUAGGAGAUACAGUACUAGGACAAGAAAUAAAGAGAGAAUUCAAGACAAAUGUGCCGUGGAGAAGGGGCCACAAAAGAAGACGAUUCCCAAUGGUUAUAUGCUUUACUGCAAAGAUAAGAGAAAUUCUGUUUUUAAGUAAGUACUGAGCAAGCGCCCUGGAACAGGAUUUUAUCGUUUUGAAAUUUAAAUCCCACUGUUCUCCAUGCCAUCUAGUUACCCCCUUAUUUAAGCUGGAGAUACGAGCAACAAAAUUGCUGCAACAAAAUCUGAUUUCUACGCAUGUUAAUCGAAAAUGUUUAGAAUACACAUAAAUUACAAAUCACAAGGCAACAUGUGUCGACAUUUCUACUAACAUGCGUUGAAAUCAGAUUUUGUUGCAAGUUGCAGCAAUUUUGUUGCCCGUAUUACUCUACCUUUAGAACAAAUCUAAUGAACAUUUUUAUUUUGCUGUAGAGAGAAUCCCAAGCUGCAAUCUAAACCUGGAGACAUAACUAAACUUUUGAGUGAAAACUGGAAUCAAUUAUCAGAGGAGGAACGAAGACCUUACGUGUAAGGGACGGACCAUUAGAAAAGUGAUGUGGGGGGGGGACAUUUCCAACCUGUACGAUUAUUUUUUCAAAAUAUUUGGCGUGUGUCGAUAAUUUUUUUAAAAAAUAAUCCCUUUGCUUGAAUUUUAUUUUUUUUCCAAAAAGUGUUGGCGAGCAGGGGGGGGGGGGAAGGAGGUUAACAUUUUUCAGGACACUGUCAAAAAAAAAUUUUCCGGACUAACAUCAGUUAAGUUAAGGUUAAAAAAAAAUAUCCCUCACGAAUUCUUGUUAAAACAUGCUUAAAACUUUUUUUGCACCAAUAUCUUCAAGAUUUAGGUUUAGAAAAUUUUCUUCAGGACCAAAUUUGUAAUUCUUCCAAAACUGAGACAAAUGGCUACGCCCCUGCAAACUACCUAAGUAAUAAGUUAUUGAUUAUCACUUUCUUUUUCUAACCAGGGAAGAAGCGAUGAAACUGCGAAAUGAUGAAAACAAGUGGAUAAAUCAAACACCAUGA